AUGAUGUCGCUUGCCAUUGAUAAUGACGGAGGUCUUUGGAUGUGGGGCAAUGUUCCACCACAAGAUAGUGGAACUGAGCCUCGUUUGUCUUUUACAAGCGUCCCGAUUCCGUUUCCUAUACGCGAGUUCCAUGGCCGGACUGUUUUGAAGGUAGCAUGUGGGGAUGAACACGUUGUUGCUCUUGUUGGUUCUAAGGAGAUCCAAGAAUCUGUGUUGUAUUCUUGGGGUAAUAAUUAUCAUGGUCAGUUAGGGCUUGGGGAUGGAGAGAGCCGUGCGAGGCCUCAGAUUGUGGAGACGUUUAACGAGAAGUCUGGUCUUACAGUCUACGACAUAGCUUGCGGUGCUCAUCACACAGCUCUUCUCACCUACAGGAAGGAGGCACCGAAAGGACCAAGCGUUUGCUGGACGUUUGGGUUUGGAGAAAAUGGUCAGCUUGGGCAUGGAAGUACCAAAAGCUCACAGAUUCCAGAGCCAGUUUCGGAGCUCCCAGAACAUGCUAACUUAGUUUCCGUAGACUGUGGGUUGUUCCACACGAGCGUGGUGUCAUCUGAGGGAUACGUGUGGUCAUGGGGAAUGGAGAGGGGACUAGGGUUAUGCCCUGAUGUAAAUUUCUCAGAAGUGGAAGCAGGAGACGACAGUGUACCAAGAAAGAUCUCAGGUGGGUCAAGAUUUCGUGACCCGGUUCAGGUUUCUUGCGGGGCUGCACAUACAGUUCUUGUGGCCAACGGUGGUUACAAGCUGUGGUCAUGGGGAAGAGGAAGAAACGGAGUUCUUGGAACCGGUAAUGUUAUGGAUUGUUAUGUUCCCACCCCUGUCUUCUGGCCGCCAAAUGAGCUGAAACAGGACAGUGAAGAAGUACCAAAACCUGAUGAUGACAAAAGCUCAUCAACGGAGGAGAUUAAACAGCUACAAACAAAGCUAAUGGUGAUGGAAAGAUAUGCAAGCAUACUUCAUGGGUCCAUAUUUGGUAAACCUUUCAAUGAAGAGGAAGAUAUCCCGUAUUCAUUACGGGUUUCUGGAUACUUCGAUAUGGGAAAAGAGUGGGGGGAGAUGCUGGAGAGUGCUGAUAAGAGUCAGCUUAUGAGGCUUCAAGCUUUCUAUGAGGACAUGAUUAGUAGGGUUAAGGAUAAGGUGUUGCAGAGAAGGAUUCAGGAGAUUAUGAAAGAUUGUCUUCAAUCAUCAGCCCCUAAAUUCUAG